AUGGAGGAAGAAGGAAGACAGGAUGCGAAUCGUGUCGAUUCGAGAUGGAAGGAUGUGCCUUAUCUAAAAAUAGGCAAUUUAAUUCUGAAGGCAGAUUUCGAUGAGGGCGACGAAUAUUUUAGGGAGAAGGCGAGGGACGAGCUGCGCGAGACGCCCGAGAUCGUCGAGCAAUCUUUAAAGGACUUGAGGACGAUGGUUAAAGCUGAAUCCAAUCUCGUCGUCCCGGAUGACGAUGAAUUUUACAAAAAAUUCCUGCGUCCUUGCAAAUGGUAUCCAAAGAAUAGUUUCGAGUUGAUGAAAAGAUAUUACAAAUUCAAGUUGAACAAUCCUCGCUUCUAUCUCGAUCUCACGCCCAGCAACGAGCAAAAAGUGUUAAACUCAGAUAUCACGAUAUCGUUACCAGAUCGAACGGCAGACGGUUGCAGAGUAAUUUUAAUUAACACUGGGAAACGAUGGAAUCCAAAACUAAUAAGCGGCGAUGAGAUAUUUCGAUCGACGAUAUUGUUAAUAGAAAUGGCUAUAAACGAGCCGAAAACGCAGAUUUGCGGAAUGCACACGAUUAUAAAUAUGGCCGGGUUUUCAUUGAGCCAUAUCACACAUAUCACUCCGAGUUUCGCCGCGGCGGUAACCGAAUGGCUACAGAGAUGUUUACCCUCUCGAAUAAAGGGUAUACACAUAGUGAAUCAACCCUUCAUAUUCAAGAUGGUUUACGCUAUUUUUAAACCUUUUCUUCUGGAGAAGACACGCAAGAGGCUUCACUUUCACGGAACCGACAGGGAAGCUUUGAUCUCUAUCCUCGGAGUGAAAAAUUUACCUACCGAGUUUGGCGGGGAACUCGAGAUGCCGAACGAGCCGAUCGGCCAACACAUCUAUGAAUAUAUGCACAAAUUCGAGAAAAAAUUCGAAGAAGCCAAUAAAUUUGGAUAUAUUGUGAAUGAAAAAUGAUUGGAGGAUUGCUGAAUCGAUUUAAAAUGCGAUGAAGUAACCAGUUUCAAGGUAACGUUGUUGAUAGAUCUCAAUGUGAUCGAAACAAGGGGUAAAAGGGUAAAAUCGAUGGUGAGAAUUCGAAUAAAUCAUAAUUUGAGUAUCAAACUGGUUUAUGGAAUAAAUGGAGGAAGAUCAGAGAUCCGAAUUCUAUUAUUGUUGCAACGGAUCGAUGAUCUUCAUUCUUGUGUGUGUGUGGGUAAUUUUUUUAUUUUAAAAAAUAAAAAUAAUAUCGAAAAAUAA